AGAUACAUACAAAAAGUAGCAAAAAUCCCAAAAUAGUGAUGCCCAACUGCUGAAGCAAACACAUAAAUUCUACACGUUUCUCUCUCCUACCAUUCCAAAUCUUUCUCUUUUUGAGUCUUUUUCCCCACAAAAACUCCUUUUCUUUUCUCUUUUCCCCAUUUUGGAUCGAACCUUUCUCCACUUACCAUUUCUUUCCCUAGAAGCUCCGAUUUCCAGGUUUUAUGCAGGCCUUUGUGUAUUGUUUCCCUUCUAUUUAGCAACUAUUGAACACUUUUCUUGGGUCAGUUGGCCUAAGCUAGAAGUUUUCUCCUUUCUCCUCAGCUGCCAUAUUCUCCAUUCCAGAAGGCAUAUUAUUAAGUUGAAAAUUGUGGUUGCCGGAGUUUUAUAGACAUAUAUACAUUCAUGGCCGAUAGCAAGAAGUGCAGUUGAUCAUAUGAAGCUUGAAAUUAACUUCACCUAAAGCAGAAGUGGUACUCAUCCUAGUAUCCUUGCUAUGGGAUGGAUGUGGGUUGUAUACGUUUUCUUCUUUCUUUUAAAUGCAAGGGAGUCUGUCGGCAGUUCUGGUAAAGCAUGGUUUCUCGAAAUUGCCACUGGCACAUCUUCUCUCUACAGCUGGAGUAUCACUAGCUCAAGCAUAUUUGUGCUUACAGCUCUGGUUCUGUCUAUGUAUCUCAUAUUUGAGCACCUAGCUGCUUACAAUCAUCCAGAGGAGCAGAAAUUCUUAAUAGGGCUCAUACUGAUGGUUCCUGUGUAUGCUUUAGAAUCGUUCUUGUCGCUGUUGGAUUCAAAAGCUGCAUUUAACUGUGAAGUAAUACGCGAUUGCUAUGAAGCUUUUGCAUUGUACUGCUUUGAGAGAUAUCUGAUUGCCUGCUUAGGCGGAGAAGAGAAGACAAUUGAAUUCAUGGAAAGUCAAAGUAUUAUAAAUUCUGGUUCACCCCUAUUGGAAGAAGCAUAUACUUAUGGUGUUGUAGAGCAUCCAUUUCCUCUCAAUUACUUUAUCAGGGAAUGGUAUCUUGGGAAAGAUUUCUAUCAAGCUGUGAAAAUUGGCAUAGUUCAAUAUAUGAUACUGAAGUUGAUAUGUGCACUUUUAGCGAUACUUUUGGAAGCUUGUGGCGUGUAUGGGGAAGGAAAGUUUCAGUGGAAUUACGGCUAUCCCUAUUUGGCUGCUGUUCUUAACUUCAGUCAGACAUGGGCUUUAUAUUGUCUUGUUCAAUUUUACUCAGUCACAAAAGAUAGACUUGAACCUAUCAAACCUUUGGCGAAAUUUCUUACUUUCAAGUCAAUAGUAUUCUUGACAUGGUGGCAAGGAAUAGCUGUAGCUUUUCUUUUCUCUAUAGGAGCCUUCCGGGGUUCCUUAGCUCAGGAAUUGAAGACACGUAUUCAGGACUACAUAAUAUGUAUUGAGAUGGGCGUUGCAGCUGUGGUUCAUCUUUAUGUCUUUCCAGCAGUACCUUACAAACGAGGAGAACGGUGUGUAAGAAAUGUUGCAGUGAUGGAUGAUUAUGCAGCGCUUGGUACCCCUCCAGACCCAGAGGAGGUCAGGGAUGGUACCAAAUUUACCAAGAUGCGCCUAGCUCGGCAUGAUGAGAGAGAGAAGCGUUUAAAUUUUCCGCAAUCAGUUCGUGAUGUGGUAGUUGGUAGUGGAGAAAUCAUUGCGGAUGACAUGAGGUUCACUGUUUCCCAUGUGGUAGAGCCAGUUGAAAGGGGGUUUGCAAAAAUAAACAAAACCUUUCACGAUAUAUCAGAAAAUGUUAAGAAACUAGAGCUGAAGAGGAAGUCUAAAGAUGAUAGUCUGAUCCCAUUAAAUUCUUGGAGCAAAGAUUUUGACGAUGAUCUUCCUGAAGGAAGUAUUAGUGACAGUGGUCUGGCUUGGGGAUCGAGACAGCAUGUCAAAUAUAAAGGCUCAUCGUCCCAGUUAGGAUAAUCUACCAUUUACAGAGUAAGAUGCUGAUAGCCUGCCUCACCCUUCAUACAAGUAGUCUGUAGCGAGGGUCAAAACAGCAUAUCUCACUGGUAUGUUUAGUCUACAUUGUAUCCCUCUGUUUCCUUGUAAUUCCCGACCUAAGUUGGGGUCAUUUUAUGAUGAUGACAGGUUAGAGGCAAGAGCUAAUUUGACCCAUUGUAGAAGGUGCUAACUGAUUUUACCGUGAACAGCAGAAAGUUAGAUAUUUAGCUGAUUUAAUUUGUACAGAAUACAGAUAUAAACCUGUGUCUAUUUGGGCACAUAUCUUUCCUUGUAAAGAAAACAAAUUUUGAUAGUGAUCAUUGCAUGGGGAAAUCACAAAAUGUGUCGAAAGUUUA